UGUGGAGCAUGGCGGAGAUGGAGAGCCCCGACCCCUCGGAGCCCCUGGCUCCCCGAGCGGAGGCGAAAACCAGCGGCGGGCCUGCCGAUCGCCAUGACCUGCUGAAACACAGCCGCGAGUUCUUGGACUUCUUCUGGGACAUCGCGAAGCCACAGCAAGAGACGCGACUUGAGGCCACGGAGAAGCUGCUGGAGUAUCUGCGCACCAAGCCGGAGGGAUCCGAGAUGAAGUACGCCCUGAAGCGCCUAAUCACUGGGCUGGGGGUCGGGCGAGAAACGGCCCGGCCCUGCUACAGUCUGGCCCUGGCUCAGCUGUUACAGUCUUUUGAAGAUAUCCCCCUAGGCAGCAUCUUGGAGCAGAUACAAGAGAAGUAUGAUGUGCAGAAGGUGAAGAAGGCAAUGAUAAGACCUGCUCUCUUUGCAAACCUGUUUGGGGUGCUAGCACUCUUCCAGUCAGGCAGACUGGUGAAGGACCAGGAGGCGCUGAUGAAAUCAGUGAAGCUGCUGCAAGCCUUGGGCCAGCACUCCAACCACUUGCAGGAGCAACCCCAGAAGGCCCUGGUGGACAUCCUCUCCGAGGCCCCAGAAGCCACGUUGCAGAAGAUCCUGCCCAGUGUCCUUAAGGCCGACUUGGAUUGGGUGCUUGGCUCCCCCGAGCAUCUGGAGCUCUUCCUCUUGGCCCAGCGGAAGGUGCCCGCAAGGCUGGAGAAGCUGAUGGGCCCGGUCAACCUGUUCUCGCCUGAGAACGUCCCCAGACUGGUGAACGUGCUGAAGAUGGCUGCCACCUAUGUGAAGAAGGAGCACAAGUUGCCCGCCUUGGCUCUGGACCUGCUCCGCCUGGCGCUUCAAGAGGACGCGUUCCCUCGGUUCUGGAAGGAAGUGGUGGAGCAAGGGCUACUGAAGAAACAGCAGUGGCCAACCAGCUUCAUGUGCUUCCGCCUGCUGGGCGCCGCCUUGCCCCUGCUGUCCAAGGAGCAGCUGCAGCUGGUGAUGCGGGGAGAUGUGAUCCGACUUUUUGGGGAGCAUAUGGUCACUGGUAAGUUGCCAAACAAGUCCAAGUUCGGUGCCGAGAUGAAUGAGUACGUGAGUGCCUUCCUGCAAGGCUGUCCGGAUGACCCCGAGCGCCAGCUGGCCGCAGUGGUGGCCUUCACGUCCGUCACCAACCAGGGCCUCCCUGUCAUGCCCACCUACUGGCGCGUGGUGCAGUUCCUGAGUGCCCCUGCCCUCAGGGGCUAUGUGGCAUGGCUGCGGGACAUGUUUCUGCAGCCUGAUCUGGACUCCUUGGUGGACUUCAGCACCAACAAUCAGAAGAAGACCCAGGACGCUUCCCUGCACAGGCCCGCGCGAGUGGUGUUCCGGCUCCAGAAGUGGAUUAUCUUUCGCCUGGUCAGCAUCGUGGACAAUUUGCACUCAGAGAAGGAAGAGGCCUUAAUUGAGGAGGUGGCCAGGUUUUGUUUUUUCCACUCGUUCUUCGAAACAAAGAAGCCCGUGUCCCAGAUCCCAGAGACUGAACAUCAGUUCUCCUUCCCUUUGGAGAGCCAGACCCGAGAGGUGGUUAGCAGUGCCUUCUUCAGCCUGCUGCAGACCCUCAGCACACAGUCCAGGCAGACGCCAGACCAGACCCAGGACAGGAGGCCCUGGACCUACCGCCUGGCACAGUUUGCAGACCUGCUGUUGAACCACAGCCGCAACGUGACCGCCCUGACACCCUUCACUAAGCCGCAGCGCGAGGCCUGGGACCGGAUGCUGCAGACGCUUAAGGAACUGGAGGCCCGCUCCUCGGAGGCCAAGGCCAGGGCCACUGCCUUCCAGCACCUCCUACUCCUGGUGGGCAUCCACCUCUUCAAGUCCCCUGAGGAGAGCUGUGACCUCCUCAGCGACAUCCAGACCUGCAUCAAGAAGAGCCUGGGGGAAAACGCCCGCCAGACCCGCUCCAAGGCCACCAACACCCAGGAGCCACCAUGGGUGGAGGUGCUGGUGGAGAUCCUGCUGGCCCUGCUGGCCCAGCCCAGCCACCUGAUACGCCAAGUGGCCCGGACCAUGUUCACCCACAUCUGCUCCCAUCUGACUCUGCGUGGCCUGCAGCUAAUCCUGGAUGUGCUGAACCCCGAGAAGAACCAGGGAGAGGAUGGGGAUGAUAACGUGGUGGUCACAGAUGAUUCCAGGCAACCAAAGGGCAUAGAGGACCUGAGUGAGGACAGCGAGGACGACGAAAAAGCAGAGAGUGAAAAGGAGAGUGACGAGGAGGAGAGUGACGAGGAGGACUUGGAUGGGGACGUGGACGAGGGCUUCCGGGAGCAGCUGAUGGCGGUGCUGCAGUCGGGAAAGGCGCUGGGAGGAGAGGACAGUGAGGCAGAGGAGGAGCUGGACGACGAGGCUAUGAUGGCCCUGGACCAGAGCCUCUCAAGCCUCUUCGCCGAGCAGAAGCUGCGCAUCCAGGCCCGGAAGGACGAGAAGAGCAAGCUGCAGAAGGAGAAGGUGCUCCGGCGGGACUUCCAGAUCCGGGUCCUGGACCUGGUCGAGGUGCUCGUGAACAAGCAGCCGGAGAACCCCUUGGUCCUGGAGCUGCUCGAGCCGCUGCUGGGCAUCAUCCAGCGCAGCAUGCGCACCAGCAGCACGCAGCAGGAGCAGGACCUCCUGCGCAAGACCGCCCGGAUCUUCACGCACAACCUGUGCCGCUCCCGGCAUUACUGCCACGGCGUGAGCAACCAGGAGGUGCUGUACCCCCAGGUGGAGAGGCUGGUGCAGCAGGCCAGCCGCCAGGCUGACUCCUCCAUCUCCCUCUACUACUUCAAUGCCUCGCUCUACUUGCUCCGGGUCUUGAAGGGCAACACCAUCCGCAAGACCCAGAAGAAGGAGAAAGCCGGCACGGACGCCAGCUCCAAGCCCCAGGGCGUGGAGACUGACUGUGGCUUGGAUCUGAGCCUCGUGACCGCCAUCUACUCAUCAGCUCUGAGCUCCUUCCUGACCAAGCGCAACAGCCCGCUCACCGCCCCCAUGUUCCUCAGCCUCUUCGCCCGGCACCCGGUGCUUUGUAAGACCCUGCUCCCUGUCAUAAUCCAGUGUGUGACAGGCUCGGUCCGGCCCCGCCACCAGGCCCAGGCCUGCCUGCUGCUGCAGAAGACCCUGCCCAUGAAGGAGCUAAGACUGUGCUUUGAGGACUCCAAGUGGGAGCAGCUGAUCAGCCAGAUCCUGGCGAAGGUCACUGAGAACCUGCGGGUGCUCGGGAAGGCACAGAGCAAGACGGAGCUUCAGAAGGAGCUGACCUCUCUGGGGCUGCUCAACACUCUCCUCAGGACUGUUAACCAGCAGAAGCUGAGCACGGACCUGACCGGCAUCCUGGGCGUGCUGCAGAGCCAACAGCCUGCCCUGCAGGAGCGGGAGCGCUCCUCGGGCGCCAGCCGCCUCUGCGACCUCUACUGGCAGGCCAUGAAGACCCUGGGAGUCCAGCGCCCCAAGUCAGAGAAGAAAGAUGCCAAGGAAGUCCCCAGUGUGACCCAGAGCCCUGUUAGCAUGAAGCGGAAGAAGAAGGGAUUCUUGCCAGAAACCAAGAAGCGUAAGAAACGAAAGCCAGAGGGUGCUGUGCAAGAGGAAGGUUCCACGCAAGGCGAGGGUGCCAGUCCUGCAGCCACCGCUGGGGACCAGCCCCCCCGCACAGGCAAGAAGAAGAGGAAGAGGAACAAGAUGAAGGCCAAGGCGUCCGGCCAGCCCCAGGUCAACGGAACACCUGCUGCCAAGAGUCCAGCCCCAGGCCCCCACGCCUUGAAUCCCGGCACCCCCGCCAAGACCCCUAAGCCGCAGAAGAAGAAACAGAAGCUAUCCCAGGUGAAUGGGACCCCCUCGGUGUCCGUCACAGAGACUGCUGGCAAAAAGCAGCCUCAGAAGGAUCUGCUACCCCAAAAGGAGGUCUCUGGCAAGUCACCCCUGUCCCCGCUGCCACGGAAAAAGGCCAGGUUGUCUUUGACCAACCGGAGCCCUAGUCUCCUUCAGGGUGGGGCCAAGAAAAAAGUGCAGCUGAAGAAGGGGAAGAAGUCCUGAACUUGGCCCUGCCCCCCGGCCCCUUCCCCGUCAGCCCUAGAGAACCUAUUUUUUCACCAUGAUUUUAAUAAACAAGCUGCUGUCCCUGC